UGGGGGGAGGAGGGAAGGGUUUGGGGCAAGAGGAAAGGAAGAGAAAGAAGGAGAAUACGGGAAGAAGGAAGGAGGAAUAGAGGAGGGGACAGGAGGGGAGGCCGAAGCCCCCGCGCCUGACCCGCGGAGCCCGCACAGGGAGCUCCGCCCGCACCACGCUCGCAGGGAGCAAAAUGGCGGCGGGGCGAUUUCCGGGCUUAAAUACCCUCGGCCCCGCCCCGCGCAGCCGCCCUGGGGCCCCGCGCACCUGAGCCGGGCCCGCCCCGCGCACCUGAGCCACGGCCCCGGCCCCGCCCCGGCUCCACCCGGACCCGGCUCCUCCCUAGCCCCGUCCCACGGAGCCCCGGCUCCACCCCGGGCUCCACCCUGGGCUCCCCCCGGGCUCCCGCCGAGCCCUGCCCGGGCUGAGGCCGGGACCAUCGCUCGCGGCCCCGCCUCUCACACCUGGGCCGAACCGGGGCCGAGACCGGCACCGGGAGUUCGGGUCCGGGUCCUGCCCGUGCCCGCUGGGAGUCCCGGGGCCGGAGGACCGGCGGGGUUGGCGCUGCGGUGCGGACCGGGCUCGCCGCGGGCGGGAGGAGCCGCUCCGGGCCGGGCGCUGGGGCCGAGCCCGGCGCUGCCGCUCCUGCUCCGGCUCUGCCCCGCCGGGGCUCCGGGACCCCCCAGACCCCGCCCGUCCUUGCAGCGCCGGGGGAAUUUGGUUUGACUCUUUCAUCCAGCAUAGGCAGAAACUGCUUAAGAAAUAAUUCAAAGAAAUUCGGAGAAUGAAGAGACAAUAAGGAAGAGCUGCCAGCUCCAACCAAGGGGUGCUCAAACCCCUUCUCAAUGAUUUGCUUUAAUUAACCAAUGCAAAUGAACCAUACAAAACCACAUUGAUACAGUUUUAUUCUUUAAUCAAGUUAUAAAUGCUGCAGAAUAUAAAAGAACAUUUUUAACCCCAAAACUCUUGUAGGAGUUACACAGGGCAGGGCUGCACUGCACCCCCAAACUGAGAACUGGGAGAAUUGGGAGCAAAGACAAAUCCAGGCUGAGAUUCCCGGAGAUCGGUGCAGCUCCUGCCAGCCAGAGCAGUCCCGGUGCGGCCCCACGGGAGCGCUGCCGGGAGGCGCCCGGAGCCGAUCGUGCCCAGCCCCGGGGGAGAUCCCUGCCCGCAGCUCCGGCCGUGCCCGGCUGUGCCGGGGUCCCCACGCUGGCAGCCUAAAGGGAUUUAAAGCUGUGUGGAGGUGGCACUUGGGGACAUGGGACAGCGGUGGCCUCAGCAGCACUGGGGAAUGGUUGGGCACCGUGACUUCAGAGGGCUCCUCCAACCUGAAGGAUUCCAUGAUUCCAAGGACACCCUGUACAUGGCCAGCACACACACACCUGUGCCUGCUGCAAACAUCAUUUCACUCCUUCUCCUCUGCUUGGCUGCCAAAUAUUCCCUGGUGACAGGGAACACAGGAGCAGUCCUUGCUGCAGGACAAGCCAGCAGGAUUAGAUCAAAUUCCCUUCAGAAAGAGCCGACAGGAUCCAGCCAGUCCUGGAGCUGCUUGGGAAGCUCCCAGUCCCUUCCAAUAGCAAGAGAGGGAAAUCACCUCGUGCAGAGGGACAAUGACAGGAGAGCUGUGGGGAGAGAGCAGCAGAGAUGGGAGAGGAACGGCAACACCAGAGCUUUCCAAAGGGAACACCUGCCAAAUCAACCUCCAGAACCUGUGCAAAAUGUUUUCCAGCUGAGCUGUGGGUCUGUCUACUCCUGUCUUCCACUCACUGACCAUGGCCAGGAGCUGCUCUGGAUGGAAGGUCCUCUCUGUGUUCAUGGAUGUUUUCCCUCACUGCCCCCAUGGGGUCCAUGGGGAGCUAAAGGAGAAGAAAAGGAAUGAACAGGGAAUAAAGUAUCCAUAAAUAGAGCAGAUAUGGCCACAUGUCUUCACCAAGCUCAUACAACAAAUAAUAUCCCAAGUUAUUGCAAUUAAAAUCCCUUUUAGCUGGGAAAGGAAACAUUCCUGGUCCUCAUUUCUGACACCUUCCUUUUGCACUACCUGUCAUGCUGGAGUGCCAGGACAAGGGGGAAUGGCUUCCCACUGACACAGGCAGGGAUAGAUGGGACAUUGGGAAGAAAUUCUCCCCUGUGAGGGUGGGGAGAAGGUAUGCCCAGAGGAGCUGUGGCUGCCCCUGGAUCCCUGGCAGUGUCCAGGGCCAGGCUGGACGGGGCUUGCAGCAAGCUGGGAUGGUGGAAGGUGUCCCUGCCCAUGCAAUGGGUGGAGUGGGAUGACCUUUUAAGGUCCCUUCCAGCCCAAACCAUCCCGGCAUUCCUCGGCUCCGGCUUUAGCAGGGCCCUGCCGGGGCCAGCAGCGCCUCCCAGCUCCCCCCACCCGCGGUCUGGAGUUCCCCGCGUUCCCUGCCCGGGGUCCCCUCACGGUGCCCCAUUCCAGCCCCUCGUUCCGUGCCCCUCAAAGCCCUGGCCUUGUCACGGCUCCUCACCAAAGCUGCCUCCCCUGCUCUCCCCCUGGGCAGGUCCUGCUGUGCCGGCCCUUUCCGAGCCCCUGCCCUGAGCUGACACCCUUUGCUUUGCCCCAGGGGCCACCCCAGCGAUUGUUCCCACUGGAAUAUCCCCCUGCUCUGGGGGUGGCUGCUGGAAGCUGGCAGGUGCCUCGGGGUUGGGUUUUUGGAAGGAUGAUUGAGAUUUAGCACCUACUGCAAGCACUUGAGGGACUGCACACAUUUGUCCAAAAAUGCUGAUUUGUGCCCAGGCCUGCCUAAACACCCAUCAUGCAGAAUUCCAGGGCCUCUUCCUUCCUUCUCCACAGCCAUUCGGUUAAACUGGAACCUCUGGGAGACAGAAGGCUCCCACGGAGAGCUGGAGGUCUGCAGGGAGAGCAGAGUUCAUCUGAUCGCCCUUGACCUCUGGUUCUUCAGCUCCUCAGCGUAGAUCCAUCGGAGGCACAGGAGCUGGGGACCCGGAGCAGCGGGAGCCGGGGCUGGCAGGUCUCUGCUCCUCGAGAUUGAUCCCUGUGUGCAGCUGAGAACAGGCAGGGGAUGGACAUGGGGCUGCAGGUGGGUGCUGUGGCCCCGCAGGAUUUAAUCAGCAACUCCAAUCGCCUCCUGCUCCUCGGGCUGUCCCGAGGUGCCCUCAGAACCCAGAACAAACACUCAAGGUGGGAGCUACCAUCCCACGGAUCCCUGCCUUUCGGGGAGCCUGUCUCCAGCUCUGAGAGCAAACGCAGUUUUGUGUCCCUCGUUUGCAGACCCUGAACGAUGAAGCUCCGGCUCUGGCGAGCACGAGGAGCCUGGAGCCAGGUUAGCACAGGAGAUGGCAAAGGAAACUGUGGGAAACAAGGACACUGCACAGUCCACAGGCAGGAGCAGAGGGAGAAAGGAGCAGGGAGCAAGGGGCUCCUCUCUGAACAGGCAUUUAAUGCAUCCUCUGGCCAUUUUCCCAACUGAUACCUGCUGUGCUCAAAGAUCCGGUGGCCAAAGCAAAUCUCCAUCCCUGGGUCAAUGUCCUCUGACUGAGGGCAGCCCUGCCGAUUCCAGCUCUGCUCCUCCCCACCCCACCUGGGCUAUCUUCCAGCCAUCCAUGAGCAGGGGUCUCCUGUCCCAUUGGUAAGGACAGCACCCAGCCAGGCCCAGCAGCUCUGUGCUUGCAGAGGGAUGCAUCCAGCUCCGUUUCACACCGGAUUGCCCAGCCCUGUGCAUCCUCCCGGGAAAUGCAGCAGGCCCUGGGAUUUGGGCUCCCAGCUGUGCCCAGCCCAGGCUCGCUUUCACCUCGGUCCCUUAGGUUUCUGUCCUCAGCAAAUCCUGAACUGCACCCUGGAUGACACCCAAGGGUUCCUCCCCCGGCUCCAGAAGGCUACAGAGGCAUUCCCACAGCUCAGCCACAGGGAGAAAGAGAGGCAGAGCCAGGAGCAAAGGCCAGCAGGGGCAGUGCAGCAGCCGAACAAACGGGGAGCACGGGGGGGCAGGGAUGAACGCGGGGACGCCUCAGCUCCCGGCCCGGCGGGGCCGGAUCGGUGCCGCGGCACAGCCCCGGCUCCGGGCACAGCAGCUCGGGAGGGGCAGAGCACACGGAGCCGCCGGCACAGAGGGAGUUUGCCUUUCCCUGAACCCCUCAUUCCAGCAGUUCUGGGCUCAACACCCAUUCCUGCUGUGCCUUCUGCACGGCGGGCGGAUGGAACCUUCCCAAAGGGGACGCUCUCCCCAGCGUGUCCUUCUCGGCCCCUUCUCCGGGCAGGGGCAAUGCUGACCCUCCGAGCAGGACCCCGAGCGAGGCCGAGUCCAUCCACUGCUCCCAGAAACCAAACGGGCUGUGAACCUCUUGGUGAGAAUGGAGGAGUUUCCAUCCCAUGCAGAGACAGGGCUUUCCCCCUGUAUCCCAGCAGCGAGUGCUCAGAGGGAAAUUUGAACAGGAAACACUGCCAAGGACAAAGGUGUGAAUUCCAGGUUCUUCAGAACCCGGGACAAACACUGUGUCAUGUUACUACACACACUGCCCUGGGAAUUCACGGGCUGGGGGCUGCACCUUACCUUGGUCCAUCAGCAUGUGCAGUCACAGAAACCUGGGGAUGGCUGUGAGUCACCUGAGCUGGGGCUCCAGCUUGGCUGAGUGGAUGAACGUAGUUACAUGGUUAAAUACUUUUCACUGUAGUUAGCCAGGAUCCAGAGCCUCGGCCAAUUCCCACCAUGGCUGAGAGCCCAGCUCCCAAAAUAACACACCAAGCCUAUGUAACAUCUCUGAGGUACCAGAGCCCUUUGAGAGACACAAAUCAAAUCAACAACUGCCCCAGUGUGUAACUCUCAAACUCUCUACAGUCAAGGCAUUUUGAUUUCCCCCUUCCCUUUCUAUUGUUGAGAAAGCAUGCAAUGGAAAAAGAAGUCCAGUUUUCAAGUGAGCCAGCUUUUCUAAAGAACUGGAUAGGUGAAGUCAUACUAGUUAUAAUAUCCCAAUUUAAUGCAAAGUUAAAGUUUUCCACAGGUCUUUUAUAACCCACUAUCAAUCCUGCUGCAGUGCUGCUUAUUCUGUUAAACAGGCAAAAAAAUCCCCCAAUCCCCCACAACUAUGCAGGUUCUCUAUGCAACAACACACCAGAACUGUGUCCCCUGUCCCGCCAAACUCAGCCACACACACAGAACAAAGUGACAGCAGCUCUUUAAAAACAAUUCUAUCUCAAUGAAUGUUUCAGGACUGAAAGGUCACCCUUCUCCAAAUCCAGCUAUGUUUGUGACUCAGCAAAAAUGUCACAGCUCUGUUUGUUUUUAUUUCAGUUCCCCUUUCAGACUCCCAGCCUCUGCCAUGG